AUUAACGCAACACUGUGUUGAUGGUGCUGUUGCCAGCGUGUGAAUUGCAUGGGGUGUAUCAUUAUACACAGAGUAUAGGACAGAUAGAUAACGGGAUGUGAGGUUCUGAUUCAUAGUGGUUGUUUUAUAAUGAAGUGUUUGCAUCCUCCCCACUGCUCUGCUCAAAAUCCUCUCGGCUACCGGCGGGGGAAGGGAGCGGUGAAAGAGUACACGAAAGUGAAAGUAUUGCCAGAUUCUAUAAAACAACGAAACCCGAGCCUACAGUCACACGAACAAGGUUAUAUUCUGCGAUCCUUCGUCGUGCUGUAGUGCGGGCUUCAUAUAACGCUAUAUUGUGCAAAUACAUACAAUAUUGGGUGUUCGGAAGAAGACUUUAACAGCACAUUAUUGUCGGUUCGUGAUAGUUUAUCAAUCACAAGGGACGGUCCGGUUUCUGUGCAACUUGCCACCCUGUAUAAAGUGAAAGUCUAUGGCGACAGGACGCCAAUCAGAAAAGGAGGAUCUUCAGAAAAAUUAUGGCAGUUUAAAAGGAGAGAAAGAGACACUGGGAAAAGAAAAUGAGGCUCUUCAGAAGAAUUAUGGCAGUUUAAAAACAGAGAAAGAGACACUGGGAAAAGAAAAUGAGGCUCUUCAGAAGAAUUAUGGCAGUUUAAAAACAGAGAAAGAGACACUGGGAAAAGAAAAGGAGGCUCUUCAGAAGAAUUAUGAAAUUAUAAAAAGCGAGAAUGAGAGACUGGGAAAAGAAGCCUCUUCUGAAGUGGGUUUCUACGUUGCCGUAGCUGCUGCCGUGUGGAUUUUUGUUUGUUUUGCUUGUCAUACAGCCCGUGUGAAAAGAGAGACCAAGAAACUGACAAGAGAAAAGGAGGGUCUUCUGGAGCAAAAUGAAAAUGGGGGUCUUCUCGAGCAAAAUGAAAGUUUAAAAAGAGAGAAAGAGACACUGGGAAAAGAAAAGGAGGAUCUUCAGAAGAAUUAUGACAGUUUAAAAAUUGUGAAGGAUGAACUGGGAAAACAAAAUGGGGGUCUUCUGGAGCAAAAUGACAUUUUAAAAAGGGAGAAAGAGAGUCUGGUAAAAGAUUGCGAAGAACUUCAACAGGACCGGAAUAUUUUAAAAAGUGAGAAGAAUAAACUGGGAAAAGAAAAUGGGGGUCUUCUGGAUCAAAAUGAGACUUUAAAACAGGAGAAAGAGAAGGUUGAAGCAGAUUUUGAAGAACUUCGAAGGAAAACCAACACAUGUGGCUAUGUCCUUGACAGAGAAUGGAAACCAAUAACUGAAGCUUGUGUCAAUGUGACUCUAGACCCCAACACAGCCGGCCCCCGCCUCACAGUCUCUGAAGACGGCUCACGAGUGAGAUUCACAGGGGAGAGAUCAGCAGAGUGGCCCAGUGUGCUGGGCAGGGAGGGGUUCACCUCAGGGAGCCACUACUGGGAGGUGGAGGUGGGGGAGAAGGGCUACUGGGUCCUGGGGGUCUCCACACACCCUCAUGAGAAGAGCAUACCUGAGAAACCAGAGAAGGGCUACUGGCUUGUGAGGCUGGUUAAAGGGAAGACCUGUACAGCUCUGAGCCAGUCAAGGGAUCAGAUCUUAAAUCUGGGGAAGAUCUGCAAAGUGUGGGGGGUGUAUCUAGAUAAGGAGAGAGGGAGGUUGUCUUUUUACAAUGCAGAGACCAGAUUUCACAUCCAUACUUUAGAAUGCUCAUUCCCUGGGCAGGUCUACCCCAUUUUCAGCCCAGGGUCACACGAUAAAGGACCCUUGAUAAUCAAUACAAAAGUGAAGAAUGUGUAGUCCUGACAAGUAGCCUGCUACACUAUAUAAUAUAACACAUAGUUAUGUGCUGUGGAUUCUAAUUGAAGGACAUGGAUAUUUUAACAACACAUUGACACCACGAUUUUAUUUCAAAUAUUUAGACUCAUAUUUCCUCAAUCAGAUAUCCUGCUUGCAUAUUCAUAUUAGAUUUGCUGGUUUAAGAGUGGUAUUGGUUUGUAUAGAAAAGCCACAUGGAUGAAUGCUCGCUUUUCCAUGUAGUUGAUAUUUACACUGAAGAUGGAAUAUCACCUGAAUACUGUUGCUGGCUGAGAUUAAUGUUCUGGCUUGUGCUAUAUUGAUGCUAAUCUUCUUUUACAUUUUUUUUCAAUGUAUUAUUUUACCAACUUUAAUAAAAAUAUAUAUA